GGUAGGGCCCUCCACCCCCCUGUAUUUACGCGUUUCUUCCGUGUUGAGGAGCUGCUUUUUUCCACGUCGUGCUUGGCCACGAGAAUCUCGCGGCCGGCUGGAGGGUCCCGCACACAUAGACAUGGCUCUGCGCGACUCGGACGAUAAGUACGAUUUUAUAUUUAAAAUAGUUCUGGUGGGCGACGUGGGUGUGGGGAAGACCUGCGUGGUGCAGCGCUUCAAGACCGGCAUUUUCAUCGAGAGGCAGGGCAACACGAUCGGGGUGGACUUCACCAUGAAGACGGUGGACAUCCACGGCAAACGGGUCAAGCUGCAGAUAUGGGACACAGCGGGGCAGGAACGCUUCCGCACCAUCACACAGAGCUACUACCGCAGCAGCAACGGUGCCAUCAUCGCCUACGACAUCACCAAGAGGUCCUCGUUUGCGUCCGUGCCCAAGUGGAUGGAGGACGUGAAGAAGUACGGUGGCUCCAGCAUUGUGCCUCUUCUGAUAGGUAACAAGUCCGAUUUGUCCGAGAUGCGCCAGGUUCCCUUCGAGGAAGCCCAGAAGCUGGCCGACGAGCUGGAGUUUGUGAACGCUAUAGAAACAUCGGCGAAGGACUCGAGCAACGUGGAGGAGGCGUUCAACAAGAUGGCAGCCGAGCUCAUCCUGAGACACGGCGGACCCAUCUUCAGCGAGAACGUCACCGACAGCUUCAAGCUCAACAGCAAGGAUGUGAUGCCCGAGAGCUGGGGGUGCGGCUGUUGACGGUCGCUCUGCAGUCCACCCCACGGAGCUCCGGAUCACGACUCUUAUUCUAGGAUAUCGUCCUUCCUAGAGUCUAGCGGCAAAAUCGUACGUAGUACGGUUCCAGAUUUUUCUAACGAUUUUAUUAUAUCGAGGUGUCCCGGGAACGAGCUUCAGCAAUAAGACAUAGCAGCAGGCGCCUCUUCGCCAAAGUGGCGUGAAGGAGGAGCGGCUAAAGGGCCGGAAAGGAAGUGGCGUUAAGCACAAUCGCAGUUUUGCCAAGCAGCUUCAUGGAGACGAGGGAGCAAAGCAAUAAUUGAAGGUUCUCUAGAAAUAAGGGGGGGUCUCAGCGUUGAAUCAAACCCCCGCAAAUUUCCACGUGGCAUUACCGUGAUCAGUAUGUGAGGGACUCGUUUGUGAAGCUGCUCACAUCCUCCUCCAGGUGGAUUGAGAGGAGGCCUGUCCAAGUGAUACCGAUUCCUCAUUUUUGUAACAUUCGAAAAGACGGCAGUAGUGUGUUUGUGUGUGAUGCUGUUCUAGUUUAGCUUUAGUUUGCCAUGUAAUUUUUUUAAUAUAUUUUAAUAACUUUGAGCAGUAAGUUUCAGACAAUGAAAACAUUUACUAAGUAAUACUUUUGUAGUUGAUGUAUUGGAAUAUUAAGUGCUUUUGUUAUAUGCAGAAUAUAAUUAUUUUUCUUAGGGCAGUUUUUAUAUGCGAGUGGCAGCUCUCUGCCCUCUUGUCUCAUUCCGUUGAAGCCGUUUCAAGAAUAUGGCAGCACCUUAUGAGUACAGUACUAGGAUGACCUUUGACCUCUCGACAUGGGGGGCAGAGGGGUGCAGCUCAUUUCGAGUCAGCCUCCUUCCUUAACGGGAGCUCCCAGACCACACGGUACCCGGGUUCAGGGGGAUGGUUCCUGGUCGCACCCGGUGAUCCCAGCUGGCAUGUGUCUGGUCUCCCUGCUGUACUGGGACAGAUGUGGACAGGUUCAGUGCCCCCCCCCCCCC